AUGCCCUCUCGCAGAAAUGUCGAAAAGGCGAUGGCCCUGCUCGAGAAGGACAACACCAAGAUCUUGGGUCUCACCUUCGGAGCUCGGUACAUCCAUCCGGGCCAGUACCUCCCCAAGGCUGAUGCUGCGUAUCCUCCCCAGUUAUCCUUCCAGCGACUGAAGGCCUGUGGCACCUACAUGGUCGUCUGCCUCGACCUGGACGCCCCAUUCGCCUCUCUCAACAUAUUCAGCCCCAUUCUCCACUGGAUACAGCCCGGUCUGUUGCCUAUCCUCACGGAGAGUGGGAACUUCUAUCUGAGGGUCGCCGCGCCGUUCGUGGCUAACUACAUGGGACCCCAUCCGCCUCCGCGCGCGGCUCCCCACCGCUACAUGUUCAUCCUGUUUGAGCAGCCUCCCGGAUUCGAAAUCCAGCAUCAUGCCCCUCCCAACGGCAAAAAGCUCGGCAAGUGGUCACGCUUGCGUUAUAAUUUCGACGGAUGGGCAAAGAGUAUUGGUCUCGGUCCCGUGGUGGGUGCCAACUACUUUGUGAGCAACUAG